AAGAGUGCGUGCCAUUGAGAAGCAUGCAUACUCAUGUAGGAAACAAUCUGAAACAUAUAAAUUAAAUAUUCUUGAAUCAAUCAUAUUGUUAUAUCACGAUGAAGUGUAAAAGAGAAAAAAUAAACUAGUUUUGAGUAAAACCGCCCUUUUAAAAGUUUAGUCUGUGAAUAGCGUGUAGAAUAUUUCUGCGGCCUCAUGUCUUUCUGUUCAAAGUUAAUUAGAAGAAGUACAAAUAUUAAUAAAUAUUUAGCACCUAUCUAAGUAGAAACACAUAAUGUCAGUUCCGAAAGGGUGAGCGAUAGUAAUGUGUCGCCAUCUUGCAUGUAUUAGAGUGAAUCUCCAAUAGGAAUCAGUCAGUCUACUCGUUUAUGCUGAUGUCGUCACAAGUAUUUUUCGUGUGUGAAAUUCGUGUAUCAAAAUGAACAUUCGUCAAGUGUAAAUUACAUCAAAUUGAGACGGAAAACCAGACAGUGAAGAUAUAUUAUCCUGCAUUAAGAAGGAAAUGUGAAAAAGGUCUCAAGAAUGAACGAAAAUUACGCGGCUACAGCAGCCGCAAAACAAAUGCCAAUUGAGAAGCUAGUGCGUGUAGGAUAUUACGAACUCGACAAAACCAUCGGAAAGGGAAAUUUUGCUGUUGUUAAGCUGGCAUCCAAUGUGAUAACUAACUCAAAGGUUGCAAUUAAAAUAAUCGAUAAAACAUGUCUCGACGAGGAGAACCUGGCGAAAACGUUUCGCGAAAUAUCAAUACUGAAAGUGUUGCAUCACCCGCACAUUACUCGUUUGUACGAGGUCAUGGAAUCACGUAACAAAAUCUACCUAGUAACGGAGCACGCGGCUCGGGGUGAGAUUUUCGAUCACCUCGUGGCACACGGUCGCAUGAAGGAAGAGGAGGCAUCCCGUGUCUUUUCCCAAAUUAUCUCCGCUGUUGAUUACUGUCAUUGCAAGGGAAUUGUUCAUCGUGAUUUAAAAGCAGAAAAUGUUCUUCUAGACAAUGAGAUGAACGUUAAACUGGCAGACUUUGGCUUUAGCAAUACAUUCACUGAAGGAGCCCCUCUAAGAACUUGGUGCGGUUCGCCACCAUAUGCGGCACCGGAAGUAUUUCAAGGAGUGGAGUACGAUGGUCCUAAAUCAGAUAUAUGGAGCUUGGGAGUGGUUCUGUAUGUGUUAGUUUGCGGUGCCCUUCCAUUUGAUGGUGCAACUUUACACGAUUUGCGAAGUGUUGUCGUUACAGGAAAAUUUCGAAUUCCAUUUUUCAUGUCACAAGAAUGUGAGCACUUGAUUAGGCAUAUGUUAGUAGUAGAACCUGAAAAACGGUACACAUUAAGGCAGAUUGGUAACCACAAAUGGCUAGAAAUGUACAAUACUAUUCCAAUUCUCGAAACUGGAUCAUUUCAGCAAGCAGAAAGUGCAAAUCUUGAUACUGUUGUAAUGACCCAUAUGCUGCAGCUUCCCGGCCUUACUGCCGACAUGAUCGCACAGUCAGUACAUGAAAAUCGUUUUGAUCAUAUUUACGCUAUCUAUUAUCUACUGGUGGAUAAACUAAAGCAAAAGCGCAAAGAAAAAAAUCGGUUACAGCAUCACGCUAGCUUAGCUUACUCGAGAUCCCGAAAAACCAGUAUUACUACCGGUGUUGUAGAUCGAACUGAAGUGAUAAAAAAUGAUUCAUUGGAAAGACUCAGUCCACUCACGAGCACUGGUUCACCGAUCUUAAAUAUGUCGACUAGUCUAGGAACUACCGAUGAGCUUGAAAAAUAUGAGCUUGAAUCGGCAAACGUAGUGAGAACGCCCGAAUCGACGGAUCACCUGUUUCCUCCAAUUUGUUCAAACACGUCAGCCAAUACUCGUCGACACACUGUGGGCCCUGGAGAUGUAGCACAUGAGCAAGCGUUGGCUAAUCCGAACGUACCAAUCAAUUUCAAGGUUGGAACUGCAGAACAACAAACUCCUACUCAAAAUGUACCAAUCAACAUACCGAUGUUACAGAAUCAACCGGUGCACAAUCUCACUAUCAAAGAUCAGCAUUUGUUGAAACCGCCAACGGUCAUGGGUGCAAGCGCAUUUGGUAGACGAGCAUCUGAUGGAGGCGCUAAUUUACACAUCUACUACCCUACGACAUCGAACUUCAGUGAUCAACAAUCAGUUGGUGACGUGAUGUACGGUAGUCAGGCAACACCGGUGAUGAUUCCCAGUGGUGAUCAUGCUAUGUCGGCGACCCCGGGUAACGAAGUACCUGAUGAUUCAAGCGACGAAAUCCAAAGGUACAUGCAUGGUCGAGGAUGCUCCAAACGACAUACUGUUGGGUGUACCGAUGACCUAUCAAGUGGUAACGGAGUGCCUAUGGAUUCACCGCAGAUACAUUCUCCUGCACCAUCUACCGUGGGAGCUACUGGUGGAGGACGCACACGACGAACUGGCUUACUCACGGUUAUGGAAAGACCACCAGUGAUUAGUCCUGAUUUGAUACGUGAAGUAGAGGCACGAAUGAAUCGCGAUUAUCUCCCUCCUUCGCUGUUAACUACAGCACCUGGAACGGCCUCCUACCUGCAGGCACAUAUGUCUGGAGUUGGACCAACUACUCAUACACUGGGGGGUAUACCAGUACUGCAACCUGGUAGACCAAGUGCACUAGGGCCAAUUAUAGCUGGAUACGGUAUAGGGGCGGGAUUAGAGCAAAAUGCUUUACCGCCAGUACCAUGCACCUCCCUGCAAUCUACCUCGACACAACCUAAUGCAAAUUCCACAGCACUGCAAAAUAUUGGUAGUAGACGCUUUGCUAGAACAUGUAAACUGCCUACUGUGCAGGAGAUAGGCCGAUAUAGCCCAGUUCGUCGAGCAUCAGAAGGCUCCAAAAUCAAUUCCCAAUUCCAAGGACCAUUCCAGGAGUGUCAACAGUUGCAAAAGGGCUUGUCCAGUACUCAACAACGAAAUCUUCUCAUUGCCCCAAGCCCUCCUCUGGCGGAAAAUUCGGUGAGUCUACCUGGCUCACCGAUGCACUGUAAACCUUUUGAUGACAGAUCUCAGCAAGAUAUUACACUGUCGCAGGACAUGAUGGUGUCUCUGAUACCUGGUCUCGAAAAAUUAGUGUUCGAGAAGCGAAUUCAAAUCGAGACAGCUAAACACAUAAUUAGCACACGAACAUUGCCAUACGAAAUUCGUCAACAACUGGGACUAUUUGCUCACACAUUAUCUCCAGACCUCGGUUACGCGUUACAGCAACAGUUACAACAUAGUCAAAGUGUUUCCCCACUCACAUCACGCCCGGUGACCCUGCAACCUAACAAUCUCGUCGGCAGUAGUAUAAAUGCCCCAAACUACGGAUAUAGUGGUGGCAUACCUUUUUCUCCAUUUGGAACUAUGGGAACAGUACCUGGGCUCAAUUUUCUUGGUAGCAAUAAUAAUAGUGGUUGUCCUUCUCCAGUAUACUACAGUGAAUGCCCCUCACCAAUAUUAUCUGGACCUUCUGGUACAGCAGGUGGUGGUGCCUCUCCGAUGCAUCAGAUAACACGUGGUAUUAGUAGUAUGAACACGGGUACUUCAGCGGCAGGUGGUUCUAUUACUCGCGGAACAUCAGCGGCGUUCCCUGUGUCUUGCAAUGAACCACUGGAUCUUAGUAUGGACGUUGUAAAUAGUAUCGACUUGGAUUUUUCAAGAAACAGCUAUUCUAUUAAUCCACCAACAACAGGGGUUUCAUCACAUAACUAUUUUGAUAUGAAAAACUUUAGCCUUAUGCCGCCACAGCAAAUGCGCCUAACCGCAACACCUCCAACUUCACCAAAUUUGUGUAUUAUUCAAGAAGAAAAUCACAAUGCUGCUCCAUUCCAGGGGGGUAUUCCGUACAAGAGUCAAUCAGCUGGUGGAUCUCCCGAAGAUUUAAGCUUCCAACAUACGCAUCCACAGAUAUGUCUAACAGAUGUUCAAGGUAGUGAAAUAACAUUGGUAGCAUUGUCGGACUCUAGCCAUGAUAGUGACGAUUCACUUAAUUGCCAGAGCUCAGGACUAGGAUUCCAGGGUUUAUUAAUAUCGGAACCUUCUAGUGAUAUGCCUUCCAUAACACGUGGUGUUGGAAGAAAAGCUAGCCUGGAAACAGAGAACAACUCAACAUCGACUUCUUUGAAACUUGAAACAGACACUAGCGAGUCAUAUGCUCGGCGUGGCAGUGAUAAGUCUCUGGGAUUUAGCGACGAUAGCCUCAGUAAUGAUUCGAAUCAUUCGAAUCUUUCUCCUAGUCAAGAACCGUCGGCUAGUUCUGGUUUCAAGAGCUGCGAUUCUCAUUCCGAGCAAGACGCUCGACUAAGUCCGGACUCGUUGUGUGAUACACGUACUCUGACGGAUGAAUGCUUCGAGCUCCCAUUACCGCAGGAAUGCUCCACUCUUGAUUCUUCUCGAAUACUAGAAAUGGUGAAACGACGGAUUGAUUCAAAGAUGCCUCCGAUGGGUUGUAUUUUCAAUGCAGCGAAAACGGAUCUUGAUGGUGGUCAGCACAGUCGAAGUGAGCUGGAUAACUCUCAAACGAUAGGAGAUAGUUCAAAUCUUAGCUUAGAAUAUUCUGGAGGUUUGCAAAUCGAGUUGCAAGUAUUCGAAAACCGCAUUAAAGAUAGUCACAGUGGCAAAGGAAUCAAAUUGCGAAGAAUUUCUGGGGAUCAGAAUGAGUAUGGUAAGCUAUGUCAGCAAUUAAUUACUUCACUUACAGUUUGAGGACACGAGAAUCAUUUAGCUGUUUAGUAUGGCAGUCGUGUUUGAACUUUAUGUGUCUGAUAUAGUGAGAAUCGAUUUAGAAAAGUUUGAAAAUUUUACUGCAAAUGGAAAUGUUAUAAUUGGUAACUAUUGUGGUUGACAUCCGAUAAUGAUCAUUUCCGUUUACGUUCUUAUUUUGUUUUUUGUUCCGACUAUAGAGGUUGAUCAUUGGCUUCUCGGGAUAAAAAGAAACGUGUUGUUCUUCAGAACAUCCCUCCACCGAAUUACAACUUGUGCGCUCUUCGAUGUAAUAGCUUUGUGGUCUAAUACAUUUACAUGGAUUACUAUUCAAAUUCGAGCGCAGGGCUGAGAAAAUCAAGAUAAAAAAAUCAUCAAAAUGUAAUCAGUAUCGAAGAUGAUCGCUGGUGAUCUUUCCCAAUAAAGAUCAAUACUGAUCUGAUCUUUUUAAGAUCAGUUGAUCAGUGAUCUUCGAAUCAACUCGGUCAAAAUCGUUACUGAUCUUCCAUCACACGAAAUCGGUAAUAAUUUUGAGCUAAUAUUUUUCCUUAUUUCUGUAAGAUCAAUCACUGGAUAAUUCAAUCACCUUUGAGCGUUAUCAAUCACAUAUAAGCAAGAUCGUACAUGAUUACCCAUUGAUUUACGUUGAUCGUUAUCGUUGAUAUUGUUCUUAGAUCGGCGGGGGGUGUGAAAAUUAGUGACAACAGGAAUCCUAUAAGAACUAAUAACUGUCGAUAACGCAUGUCAAUGAGACUUUUAAAAUAAUUAAAGGAGCGUAUAAAUCAAUGAUUCAUAGCAAUUUAUGCGCGUGAGGGUGCUGAAAUUGUUGAAAAUUGUCUAAUUGUAAUAUUUAGAAAUGCUUUAACGCUUCUUAUCAACUAAGUUGAACUGAAGAAAAAAAAAAACGGUUUCAGUACGGCAUGGUAUACGUAGUUUCAAUUUGAUGCACACUGUGUUCAAUCUCGCAAACAGUUGUUUUAUUCGCAUAAAAAAUAAUGCUAGACGAAGGAAAAUGAGUGCUAGAAGAAAAUGUUAUGAAAACAAUAAGUUUGGAUUGUAUUCACAUUGAUCAUGUUAAUUUUGUAGCUUUCACUACGCAAUGCACAAUAAGUGAGAAAAAACAUUUCACACCAAACAGUGACUAUAACGACAAAAGAGUUUGUUUUAAUCCCCUCUGGUAAAUUUGCAAUUAUGCACUAUUUAGAUUGAACUCUAUAAAACGAUAUUUAGCAUUAAUUUGAUUUAUAGGAGUAACCGGAGUGCAGGAUUUUGUAUGUCUGAAACACACAGCAUUUGAAUUUUUGAAUGGUGCGUUUGAAUUGUCAUAGCGAAAUCCUGCACUCAUGUUACUUCUGUGUAUGAUAUUCAAGCUUCUCUUUGUGAUUGGUUUUUUAUUGAUGUUUUUUUAUCACUGUUACUAUUAUUAAUCACAGCCUGUAAGUGAAUGUUUUCAAAAUCAAGCUGUAGUAACGAGAUUUAUUUUCUUUACCGCUUGUACGAGAUUGAACUUCGCACACUGUGAGCGUCGUUCGUAAUUGUGAAUUUUUGGCUGAUCAUAGUCACAUUCUACAUUUUCUACAUCAAUCAUAUUCGAUCGAAUUAGUAGUGAUUGUUUUUUUUUUAAUUUAAAUCUUGAUAUGAUCCUGAUCAAGAAUUUAAACUAUGCCCAUUACUUGGAGAUAAGGUUAGUUAUGAUUACGCAACGAUGAUCUUAAGAUCAGUAGUAUGUGAAGGGUGAUCAGUAGUAUGUGAAAUUCGAGGCAUUCGCCUUGAAUUUUCGUGUCGCUAUAACAGCAGCACUGAACAAUUUUUUCUGCGGUGUUGCUUCUUACAGUCGAAGCAAAGGUAUUGUAUCCGAUUUUAUCACAAUUAAUGGACUAAAAGUUGAGUAAUUGUCAAAAUAACAUGGGAACUCUAUUAAUGAGAUGACUAUUGGUACAAUAUCCCUAUAUGCAUCACAUAAAUUCUCUCUAAAACUCGAUUUUUUAUCAGAAAACAAAUUUCCGGAAAUUCAAAAUUUAUGGUUAGACUACCUGUAUAAUAAAUAUUGUUGCGAAUACGACUGCCAAAACUACACUGAGCUCAAAAAAAAUUUGUUGAUUGACAUGCACUAAGAAAAGGAUAUCAUUGUGUUCAUAUGGAUUAUCCGUGUAAUGAACGAAGAAUUUUCUCACAAACACUGCUGUUCUAUUAAUUUACACACCAUGGUGUUAUUCGGCUAAGCCGUACAAUAUCGUUGCAAUAUUGAUCUACACUUCAGUAAAUGAAAUGUAAAAAAAACAUAAUGUAAUAUAUCAAGAAAAGUAAAAAUUCAUCAUUAACGUUCAAAACACUAAACAUACGUCCAAAUUUCUCUUUUGAUACAGUCUUUGGUUUCACAAAUAAAAUUUAAUUGCUUGAUGUUGGGACCCUUUAUUAUUUCUUUAUUUUGGGUUGACCAGAGGUGAUGUAAAGGUAUAAAACUAUAUUUUCGGAUUGCCAUGUUUAACUUAUAUUACACAUUGUUUUUAUUAUAGUAUUGUUGAACAAAUCGCAAGAAUGAGAUGUAAUCUCUAGUUAAGUAGAUAUGAUUAUGGACUAUGUUUAUUUUGUUACUUAUCGUUUUGUCUGCGAGAAAAUGGUGUUAGAAUGUUAUGUUCACAGUUGAAAGAUAGCGCAGAAAAUAAGCUCAAACUAGUUUUGUUGUUAGAAUCCAUUAAAGGACAUAAUUGCAAAUCUUUGUGAUUACGUAAAUACACUAAAAAGUGUGAUUCAUUAGUGCAAUUAUAUUGAUCAAAAAUGUACAUUCCAAAUGUAAAUAAAAAUGUUGAUAGACCUUAAAGCUCUUUCCUGUGAAGUAUACAACGUUGAACUCCUUUCCAUCAAUACGACGCGUUGUAUCUUUAGAUUUAAAUAUAUUCUGGCCCACAUUUUGAAAUGUACAUUCCAAAAAUGACCAAAACAAUCCAACAAAAAAUACAGUUUCACAAAUUGAUUUUUUCAAAUUAAAAAUCAUAAAGCGCUAGCAACGAUUAUUAAACCUACGAUCCCGCUGGAGUCACACUAUUUGCGGAGCAGUUGUUGCUUAUAGUGGUUGACAUACGUAUGUAAGAUAUAAUUCGAUGAAACUGCAGCACAAAUUUUGUAUAAUUGUUAAGCCAAAUAAUAAAGGAAAAAGCUGCAUGUUGAACUGAUUAACUACUGAAGCCAUACACGUUAAUGCAAAUACCUCCGUAGCACGUUAUUCAGAAUCAGAUUUUGUUACAAGAAUGCAUAGAAAUACAUGUUCUUUCAAGUUGCAGAUGACGACCAUUUAUCCUCCUUUUCCCGAUCCGACAUUUUUUCACAUAUUCCACACUAACAAGUACAUCCAAUGAUAAGUAAACAGAAGAUGAAGUUACUAAUUUAGCUAUCCUAUGCUAAUCUUGCACAUUAUUGACUAUUCGAUUCUGCAAACGAAAUACUAGACAUAGAAAAAAUAACUGAAAAUGACAACAAUUCUGUCGAUAGAAAUAUGCAAUUUCAUUAUUAAAAAAAAGUUCGAUCAAUACUUGCUACAGCAAAAAAAAAACUAUUUCAAACUGUUCAAGCCAUGUAAAUAUCAUAAUAAGUAAAAAAAAAAUUAUCAUUAAAAAGACU